AUGCAGCUCCAGCGACGUCCGCGUGAGUCCCUCACCCCCCAGCAGCUUCGUGAGUGGUACGCUACUUGGGGUUGUCGGGGUGGCCGUAGUGGGAGUCGUCCUGGAGUGAGUAGUUUGGCAGCUGCUUGUGGUGGCCAGGUGCAGCUGCAGCGUCGUCCGUGCGCGGUCCUUUCACCCCAGCAGCUUCGUGAAAGGUACGCUCAGCGUGACGGGUCACGGGGUACUGCGCGCUGUCCGUACGUCAUUCGCACUGGUGCUCGGACUGGUCAGCCUUGCGAGACGAUUGGUCACGCAGAGUCCCGCUACUUCGCCCGUCUGAGCGAUGCCUGGCGUACGGAUUUUGGCGACGCGGCUGAGCUCCCCGACUGGGUGGAGCUGCUUAGGCUGAGGGUAGAUAUCUAUACUCUUGACUAUGAUGCUAUCCUCACUACCAUGUAUACAUUGCCUACUAGUGAUGAGGGUGACUGUUACGUGUGUGUUCCGCCUGACCCGGGCAUUGAGACCGCUGCUCUAGGUGCUAGUGAGGCUGCUGCUCUAGGUGCUAGUGCGUCUGCUGCUCCAGGUGCUGGUGAGUCUGCUGCCCCAGGUACUGGUGCGUCUGCUCUCUCAGGUACCACGUCGGCUCAAGCCUUACACACCUUCACCCUUGAGUCGGGUGCUUCGCGCUCCUUCUUUCGAGACCGCACCACGCUUACGCCACUUAGUCGGCCAGUUGCGGUCUCCCUGGCGGACCCCUUCGGGGGUCCUGUCCUUGCCCACUUCUCCACUGUCUUACCGUGUCCGGCGUCCCCCUCUGGCACCCUGUCUGGUCUCUACCUCCCCUCGUUCUCUACAAACUUGGUGAGUGGUGCUGAUCUACAGGAUGGGGGGGUUGACCAAUUCACUCCUGCGAGUCAGCGGGUGACCCACUGUACGUGUGCUCGGACGGGCCGACACUUGGCCACGUUUACCCGUCAGCCGGGGUCGAGCCUGUACACGCUGACUACUGAGUCUCCUCCAGUUGCUGAGUCUGGUCAGGUAGCUGCGUCGGGUCAGGUGUUUGCUGCAGCGUCCAGGUCUGGUCCUGAGUCUGCUCCCUGCUCGUGUCGUCUCCUUUCCCACCGGACACUCCUCUGGCACCAACGCCUUGGUCACCCCUCCCUGCCUCGUCUCCGAGGCAUGGCCUCCCGUUACCUUGUCUCUGGUCUCCCCCGGUCCCUCCCUCCCCUUCCUCCGGGGCCUGCCCCUACCUGCGUUCCAUGCGUUGAGGGGCGGCAGCGCGCAGCCCCUCACUCCUCCGAGUUUCCUCCGAUAGAGGCUCCGCUGCAGACUCUUCACAUGGACGUGUGGGGCCCCGCCCGCGUCCGUGGCCAGGGUCACGAGCGUUACUUCCUGUUGGUGGUUGACGACUACUCGCGUUACACCUCGGUGUUCCCCUUGCGCAGCAAGGGUGACGUCACUCAGGUGUUGAUCGACUGGAUCCGCGCAGCUCGUCUCCAGCUCAGAGAGAGUUUCGGCUCUGACUUUUGUGUUCACUCCGGCAGAGGCGAGGAGUUUUCCUCUGCUCUUCUGGGAGCCUUCUGUCAAGCACAGGGCAUCCGCCAGACGUUCACGCUUCCGGCCUCUCCACAGCAAAAUGGGAUUGCUGAGCGCCGCAUUGGCAUGGUCAUGGACGUCGCUCGUACGUCCAUGAUCCAUGCGGCUGCUCCCCAUUUUCUUUGGCCGUUUGCGGUUCGGUACGCAGCGCAUCAGAUCAACCUUCAACCCCAGGUCUCCUUGCCAGAGACCUCCCCCACCUUGCGGUGGACGGGGAAGGUUGGCGAUGCAUCUGCGUUUCGUGUCUGGGAAUCUCGGGUGUUUGUCCGCGACCUAUCUGCGGACAAGCUGUCCCCCCGUGCUGUUCCCUGCGUCUUCCUUGGCUUCCCCCCUGACGCGCCUGGUUGGCAGAUUUACCACCCCACCUCGCGCCGUGUUCUGUCCUCCCAGGACGUCACGUUUGACGAGUCGCUUCCUAACUACCGUCUCUUCCCCUACCGCACUGCGCCCCUCCCCCUGCCGCCGCUCUUCCUUGCGCCAGUCGAGCCUGUCGAGGUAGCUGUUGACUCUGGUGCUGCUAGAGGUGCUAUGCCAGCGGGUGCCAGGUCUGAGGGUGCGGAGCCUGGGGUUGCUGAGUCUGGGGGUGCUGAGUCUGGGGUUGCUGAGCCUGGGGGUGCUGAGUCUGGGGGUGCUGAGCCUGGGGGUGCUGAGGCUCGGGGUGCUGAGCCUGGGGGUGCAGAGCCUGGAGGUGCGGAGCCUGGGGGUGCUGAGCCUGGGGGUGCGGAGUCUAGGGGUGCUGGGUCUGCUCGUGUGGCCUUUGGCGGGGCUGGCCGUGCUGCUGGAGCUGGAGGUGCUACUGUUGCUGCUGACCCUGGGGUUGGCACUGGAGGUACUGGAGCCACUGGUCCUGGAGGUGCUCGUACUGGCGGUACUAGAGCUGCUGGGACUGGAGGUGCUGCUGGGGCUGCUGGAGUUGGUGCUGCUGGAGGUACUGGAGCUGCUGGGCCUGGAGGUGCUCCUGGUGCUGGAGCUAAUGGCGGUGCUGGAGCUGGCGGUCCUGCUGGGGUAGGUGCUGCUUGGCUGCUGGAGCUGGAGCUGCUGGGGGUGUUGGCGCUGGGGGUGCUGCUGGCGCUGGUGCGUUUGAGGGUGCUGGAGUUGGCGCUGCUGGAGCUGGAGGUGCUGCUGGCGCAGGCGCUACCGCUGGGGUCACAGUUAGAGCCCGCCUCCCCCCUGCCUGCUCCUUCUCCCUACACUUGUCCUACUGGAGGUCUUGCUGAGCGUCGUGAGCCUGCGUCUAGUCUUGCUUCGCCUGUUCGUGCUGCUCGCACUAGUAGUCGUGUUCCGCGUCCGCGUCCUCCUGCGGUCGCAGGCACACACCAGAUGGCACUGCAUCCUUCCACUGCUCCUCUGCGUGUCCCGUUGCCGUCUCCUCCAGAGUCCUCUCUUCCUGUUCUUGCUGACCCGAAGUCUGACUCUCUUCGUGCUGCCAGUCCUACUGUCACGCGUCUCCUGGCUACUGUUGUCACUAACCCUUCCUUUGAGUCCACUGCUGCGUCUGCCUUAGUUGUUGAGCUUGUGGACUUUGCUGCGCACUGUCGUCUAGACUACGCCGCUAGUCUGGUUGCUGAGUCUGACUCUGUCUGUCCUCCGUCCGUCGGGGACCCGGAUGCACUAGACAUCCCGCCUUUUCAAUCGUAUGCUGAGGGGAUCGAGGGUCCCAACUCCUCUCAGUGGCAGUCAGCCAUGGACGCAGAGAUGGCUUCCUGGAAGUCCACAGGCACCUACGUCGACGAGGUUCCCCCACCUGGGGCGAACAUCGUCAGUGGCAUGUGGAUUUUCAGAGUGAAGCGGCCGCCGAGUUCUCCGCCUGUCUUCAAGGCGCGUUACGUGGCUCGAGGCUUCAGUCAGCGGCAGGGAAUUGACUACUUUCAGACCUUCUCUCCCACCCCGAAGAUGACCACUUUUCGAGUGUUGCUGCACAUCGCCGCUCAGCGUGACUACGAGCUUCUCUCUCUUGACUUCAGCACAGCUUUCUUGCAGGGCAGCCUGCACGAGGAGAUCUGGCUGCGCCGCCCACCUGGCUUCACUGGGUCGUUUCCUCCUGGUACCCAGUGGAGCCUCCGGCGGCCAGUCUACGGUCUCCGCCAGGCGCCCCGUGAGUGGCACGACACACUGAGGACUACACUUGCGGCUCUUGGGUUUGCUCCUUCUACUGCCGACUCGUCGCUGUUUCUGCGCACCGACACCUCUUUGCCGCCGUUCUACAUCCUCGUGUACGUCGACGACUUGGUCUUUGCUACUGCUGACACUGCUGGACUCGCCCACGUGAUGUCGGAGCUGCAGAAGAGACACACGUGCACAGACCUGGGUGAACUCCGCAGCUACCUUGGCUUGCUGAUCACUCGGGGCAGAGCACAGUGCACCAUUACCCUGACUCAGUCACACAUGGUGCAGCAGGUCCUUCAGCGCUUUGACUUCACGUACUCCUCGCCUCAGGCCACUCCUCUGUCUACUCGCCACUCGCUCUCAGCUCUGCCUUCGGAUGAGUCCGUAGAGCCGAGUGGUCCAUACCCAGAGCUUGUUGGCUGCCUCAUGUACCUGAUGACCUGCACUCGACCUGACCUUGCAUACCCUCUUAGCAUCUUGGCAGGCUAUGUUGCUCCUGGGAGACACCGACCAGAGCACAUGGCUGCAGCGAAGAGGGUGUGGCGCUACUUGUGCAGUACGCCGGGCAUGGGGCUAGUGCUUGGAGGGCGACGUCGAGUGGUCCUCACAGGUCACGCAGACGCUUCUUGGGCUGACGACCAGGCUACGCAGCGGUCGUCACAGGGUUACACGUUCAACCUUGGUUUCGGCUCUGUUUCGUGGCGGUCUACCCGCUCGUCUUCUGUUCUUGGCUCUAGCUGUGAGGCUGGGAUCUACGCGCGGGCCAUGGCUGCACAUGAGCUACGCUGGCUCACCUACGUGCUAACUGAUCUAGGAGAGCCGCCUCGUUCUCCUCCAGUUCUGUACGUAGAGAACAAGGCCAUGCUGGCCUUGUGUCGGGAGCACAGAGUGGAGCACAGAACGAAGCACAUUGCUCUUUGCUACUUCCUUGCUCGUGAGCUGCAGCAGCGUGGUCAGCUGCGCCUUGCUUACGUGGCCUCUCAGGCCAACACUGCUGAUAUCUUUACCAAGGCACUUCAGCCUUGUGAUCAUCAGCGCUUUUGUACGAUGCUAGGUCUUGUGCCUACUUGGCCUCACUUGCUCACUUCUUGA